AUGAAGAUCAAAUUGAAAACUCCAAUUUCUUUACAAGAGUUUACAAUUUUAAUAAAUAAAAUUCCUAUAAAAAAUGGUGAAACACUUGGAGUGGCAGUUUCUGGUGGAGUUGAUAUUUUGGCACUCAUAAUUGAUCAUAAAUUACGUGAAGAUAGUAUGGCUGAAUCCUUGAAUGUGUCAGAUACAUUAUCAAAAAUUGUUUCUCAAUUAGAAACAAUGGCACGGAUCGAGAGAUAUAAACUGUUGGCAAAACUAUGUAAAGAAAAUAAUAUAAAAUUUUUAUUUUUGGGUCAUCAUUUAAAUGAUCAAUUGGAAACCAUGAUAAUGCGGUUUUCUAGAGGUAGUGGGAUAGAUGGUUUAGCUGGCAUGGAUAUUACAAGUAGAUUUCCUAUUAUUAAAAAUUAUGAAGCUUUAGACAUAAGUAUUGUUAGACCUUUAUUAUCUAUCACCAAAGAAAGACUUAGAUUAACAUGUGAAAAUUUAAAUUUGAAAUGGUUUGAAGAUCCAACAAAUAAAUCAUUAAAUUAUAAAAGGAAUUUAAUAAGAUUUCAUUUAAAUAAUCUUGAUAGGAAAUAUAAUCUUGAAAAUAAAUUAGAAUUUGAGCCAUUAUCAACAACAGGUUUAACAAAUUUUUUGAAUCAUAUGAAAUAUCAUAAAAUUUUUAUAAAUUCCAAAGUUGAUAAGAUUAUUAAAAAUUUUGUAAAUUUUGACUCAAAAAAUGGAAUUUGUAUUCUUUAUUUAUCAGCAAGCACCAAUCAUUGGCUGACUAAACAACAUUUAGCAACAAGGAUUCUGAAUAAAUUGAUAAAUUGGGUCAAUUGUUCAGAGCACAAUCCAAGAUUGGAAUCAGUUCUAAAUUGUUACAAAUUUAUUUUGAAAAUUUCAUCAAAUAUCAUUAACACCACUAAUAGCAGUACACGAAAUUCAAAAGAAAACUUCCAAUCAAACAUCACUAUUAAUGGUGUUUUAAUAUGUCAAACACUUUUUUCAACAAAGCAAAUCAACAAAGAUGAUAAGCUUAGAUCAGAUAUUCAUCAUUUUGUAUUUAGUAGACAACCAUUUAUACUCAAAAAACAGCAACAAGAAGAGCAAAAAAAUGAAAUUCCAAUAAAAAAUGGAGAAAUCAUAUUAUGGGAUAAAAGAUUUUUUAUUGGUGUGAAAUUUCUGUCAUCAUUUUCCUCUCUAGAACAUUUCUUUAUUAGAGCUUUAAAUAAAAAAGAUUUAAAAUUGAUAAGAAAUCAAUUAUCAUUAUCAUCCAAAGAUGAUUAUAAAACUUAUAAAGAAAGCUUUGAAAAUUAUUUAAAAAAGAUUCCACCAAUUUGUAGAUAUACUAUUCCAGUACUAGUAAUAAAAAAUAAUAAAUUAAAGAACAUGAAAAUGAGGAGUGAAUUGAUGACAACAUUAAAAGAGGAUAAGGAUGAAGUAAUUGUUGGUUUACCUAGUUUAGAAAUCAAUUUUUUAAAAAAUAAUUUGAGUAUUUGGUCAAAAUUUUGUAAUGCUAAAGAAUAA